UCCAAAACAAAAAACUAGAAGAAAAAUGAACGAAAGAAGAAGAUCAAAACGAAGAAAACCAUGCAUGGUGAUAUUUGAAUCAAGAAUUAAUUACUCUACUAUGGUGGAGUAAUUAACGAUAAAAAAAGCAGACACUUUUAAUCAAGAAAGCUAGUAGUUUGCUCCUCCAGCAACGAUCGCCGGAGGAGGAAGAGACCGGCAGGGAUGGCGGAGGCGGAGGCGGCGGCGGCGGCGUUGCGGGAGGUGAUAUCGACGGAGAAGGCGUUCGAGGGGAAGGCGCUGCCGGCGUGGUCGGAGCAGAUAACGGUGAGGUCGGUGGUGGUGAGCGCGGUGCUGGGGCUGUUCCUGAGCUUCAUCGUGAUGAAGCUGAACCUGACGUCGGGGAUCGUGCCGUCGCUGAACAUCUCGGCGGGGCUGCUCGCCUUCUUCCUCAUGAAGACGUGGACGAGCGCGCUGGAGCGGUGCGGCGUCUUCCCGCGGCCCUUCACCCGCCAGGAGAACACCGUGGUGCAGACCUGCGUCAUCUCCUGCUCCAGCAUCGCCUUCUCCGGCGGCUUCGGCACCUACAUCCUGGGGAUGAGCAAGAGCAUCGCCGAGGGCUUCGACGAGGCCAAGACCAGCAUCAACGUCGAGGAGCCGUCGCUGGGGCGCAUCAUCGCCUUCCUCUUCCUCGUCAGCUUCGUGGGGCUCUUCUCCAUCGUCCCGCUCCGCAAGAUCAUGAUCAUCAGCUACAAGCUCACCUACCCCAGCGGCUCCGCCACCGCGCACCUCAUCAACAGCUUCCACACGCCGCAGGGCGCCAUCCAGGCCAAGCGCCAGGUCUCCAUCCUCUUCAAGUCCUUCGUCGGAAGCUUCUUCUGGUCGCUCUUCCAGUGGUUCUUCGCCUCCGCCCCCGGCUGCGGCUUCAGCUCCUUCCCCACCUUCGGCCUCGCCGCCUACAGCCGCCGCUUCUACUUCGACUUCUCCGCCACCUACGUCGGCGUCGGCAUGAUCUGCCCCUACAUCAUCAACUUCUCGCUGCUCAUCGGCUCCGUCGUCUCCUGGGGGAUCAUGUGGCCGUACAUCGAGAGCAAGAAGGGGACGUGGUACGACGCGCGCCUCCCCAAGAGCAGCCUCCAUGGCCUCAACGGCUACCAGGUCUUCAUCUCCAUCGCCAUGAUCGUCGGCGACGGCCUCUUCAACUUCUUCUCCAUCGUCAUGCGCACCGCCUACGACAUGUACCUCAAGCGCCGCGGCGGAGGCGCCGGCGCCGGGAACAGGCAGCAGGAGCAGCUGUUCGCCGGCGCCACGGGCACCGAGCGGCAGGCGCUGAGCUUCGACGACCGGCGGCGGACGCAGGUGUUCCUCAAGGACCAGAUCCCGACGUCGAUCGCGGCGGCGGCGUACGUGCUCCUCGCCGCCAUCUCGGUGGUGGCCAUCCCGCACAUCUUCCGGCAGCUGCGGCCGAAGCACGUGGUGUGGGCGUACGUGGUGGCGCCGCUCUUCGCCUUCUGCAACGCCUACGGCACCGGCCUCACCGACUGGUCGCUCUCCAGCAGCUACGGCAAGCUCGCCAUCUUCAUCUUCGGCGCCAACAUCGGCGCCCGCGACGGCGGCGUGGUGGCCGGGCUCGCCGCCUGCGGGCUCAUGAUGGGCAUCGUCUCCACGGCGUCCGACCUGGUCCAGGACUUCAAGACCGGGUACCUCACCCUGACCUCGCCGCGGUCCAUGUUCGUGAGCCAGGUGAUGGGCACCGGGCUGGGCUGCAUCAUCAGCCCCAUGGUGUUCUGGAUCUUCUACAAGGCGAACAACAUCGGGGUGGACGAGAACUUCCCGGCGCCGUACGCGAAGAUCUACCGGGGGAUCGCGCUGCUCGGCGUCAAUGGCUGGGACCAGCUCCCGCGCUACUGCCUCCGCUUCUGCCUCGCCUUCUUCCUCCUGGCCAUCGCCAUCUGCACGCUCAAGGAGGUGGCGAAGCAGCGGCGGUGGUGGAUCCAGGACUACAUCCCCAGCGCGCUCGGCAUGGCCGUGCCCUUCUUCCUCGGCUCCUUCUUCACCAUCGACAUGUGCGUCGGCAGCCUGGUGCUCUACCUCUGGUCCCGCGCCGACCCGCUCCGCGCCCAGACCUUCGCCCCCGCCGUCGCCUCCGGCCUCAUCUGCGGCGACGGCAUCUGGUCGCUGCCCUCCUCCAUCCUCUCGCUCGCCAACGUCAGCCCGCCCAUGUGCAUGCGCGUCUUCUCCGCCGCCACCAACGAGAAGGUCCAGCUCUUCCUCAGGACGCUCCCCGUGCUGCCAUGAUUCCUCCUUCUUCUUCCACAUCGAUUCACUGUUUCACAAAAAAAAAAA